UUCCAUGCCACGGAGCAUUGAUGCAGUAAUUCAUGCAGAAGGAGAACCGACCGAGUGCUGAGUGCAGAGAAAUAUUGACAAUGUGGACCAGAGUGUCUGUGUUUCUGAUUGGAGUUGUCUGCAUGUGGCCGAUUAUUUCAAAAGUGGGAAGCACCGAUAUUGGACCACCAUUCCAGAUGCUUGACAACAACGUCACGUCCAUCUACACAUGUGAAGAAGUCGAUGAUGCUAAAUGUAAUGAAGAUCCAUUUGGAAUCGGAUUAAUAAAUCACACAGUGUGGGCACCCUGUGACCAGGGCAUGGUGGGAAAUAAGACAGCAGUUUGUAUGGAAAAUGGAAAUUAUGAACAAAAAGAGGACAACUGUGUCCUCACACUCAUUCAGGACAUGCUCGAUAUAUCGAAGACAAUAAAUGACUCAACGUUGCCAGAUUUCUUGGAGGAACUCAGAAAUGUGACCGUCAACAACACUGGGGUCGUUUCUGUUUCUCCAGCCACGAUCAGUUCGAUUGUUACGAUCCUUAACAACGUGGCUGGAAAAUCAACGUUAACUUUGCCGAUAAGUCAAAAAUCAACUGAGCAUAUCCUGGUAACGGCUGGACUUCUCACAUCUGUUGAAUCAAAGGGAUCCUGGGACACUCUCAACAAGAAAGACAAAGAAAACCAAAACAACGGCUCCACAAUACGGAGCACCAGCUCUGCCUUGCUGAAUCUUUUUGAGUCUGUGUCGGACAAUCUUGUCAAUGAAUCUUUCACCAUUGAGACAAGUUUCAUUCAAUUGAAUAAGGCUAUGUUUGAAAACCGUUAUCAUCGUGAUUUUAACUUCUCAGUGGAAAUAGACAUACCAGAGGCCAGCGGAGGAAAUCAAUUCAUUACCACAAUUGUAUUCGCGUCCAUGAAUAACGUGCUCCCUCCAAGAGAUGAACACAACUCCUCAUCCAUGGUUAUCAACGGAAGGGUUGUUCUUGCUACGACAGCAGCCAAAAUCAAACAUAUAUCAAUACAAUCAGGAAUUCUGAAUGACACCCUGGGAAACCCAAAGUGUGUUUUUUGGAAUUUCUCACUCUUUGAUGAUCUUGGAGGAUGGAGCAACUCGGGCUGCUCUCUGGUGUCCCACAACAAUGAAACCAUCAACUGCAGCUGCAACCACCUCACCUCCUUCUCCAUGCUGAUGUCCUCUAAGAUUAUUGAGGACGAACAAAUCAAAGACAUGACAAUAAUUGGAGUUGGCAUAUCCAUAGCUUCUUUGGUCAUAUGUCUUAUCACAGAAGCUCUCACUUGGAAAAAAAUAAGUACCAACACCACCGCCUACCUGCGUCACGUUUCCAUCAUCAACAUAGCUCUUUCUCUCCUGAUCGCAAACAUCUGGUUCAUCAUUGGAGCGUACUUUACAGAUGAUAAUAAGAAGAAAAACCCUGCGGUGUGUGUAACCGUGACCUUCUUCAUCCACCUCUUCUACCUUGCCAUGUUCUUCUGGAUGUUGGCCUCAGGCCUGCUGCUGCUCUACCGCACCGUCUUCGUCUUCGAGGGCGGAUUGUCCAAGACGUCCAUGCUGGCAAUCGGAUUUGUUCUGGGGUACGUUGCACCACUGGUCAUCGCCGUAACAACCGUGGCAGUAACUGUCCCGUCACAGAAAUACAUCAGAGAAAAUAGUGGCUGUUGGCUGAACUGGGAGGACUCCAAAGCUCUGUUGGCCUUUGUGGCUCCUGCACUUGUGAUUGUGGCGAUAAACUUCCUCAUCCUGCUAGUAGUGAUUUAUAAAAUGGUGAGCAGAAGAGAAGUAAGGAAUGCUAGCCAGGCAGCAGAGCAGCAUGUUUUGGUGGUGAUUGCCAGGAGUCUGGCUGUGCUCACACCGUUUUUCGGACUGACUUGGAGUUUGGGAAUCGGAACCCUAAUUUUUCCAGAUCACACGCCGAUUCAUUUUGCUUUUACCUUGUGCAAUUCACUGCAGGGUUGUUUCAUUUGGGUGUUUGGAACCCUGCUGGACAAAAAGGUGCGGUCAGAAACUAUAAAAUCACUGUCUUCAGCUGAUAAGUCCACCGCUGGUUGAUGAAGUAACUGCCUGAAGAGUUCCUUUGAUGAAGAGGGAAGAUCAUUGGUUUUAGCCUGUAAUUCUUUGUUCUUCAUUCAUUUUCUUGCAUUUUGUUUUGCAUUGUUGCUAUGGGAAUGUACUGUAAUACCUAAGCCCUGUAUAUGAAUAUAAAGCCUUUUCAAUCUCUUUUUCUAACAAAGUUCUGUUUUUUAUCUUAUGCAACUAUUGUAACUCGUCACCAGCUCUAAACAAUCCCAGCAUCUUGAAAACAACAAGGAGGCUCAGCAAAAAGGUUUUCACGGUUGAGAUGCAGCCAUACUGGAAAACAAUGGUUCAUGUUUUUUGUACAAUAAACUGAAACAGAUUUUUGUUUGGCUGCGUGCUGAUUUUUAUGAUGUGUACACGCUGUAAAAAUAAAUCAU